GAGGAUGCGGGGCAGGAGGAAACCCCGGCAGGGACAAUCCCUGAGGAUGCGGGGCAGGAUGCGGCCCCGCCAGGGACAAUCCCCGAGGAGGGAGCGGCCCCGGCGGGGAUGGAGGAGGCUCCCGGGAGCCGGGGGGAAGCGGAGCCGGCGCUGGAGCCCCAGGGCGCUCUCCAACCUCCGGGCGGCCCCGACGGCGCGGACGGAGCGGAGCCCGAGCGGGGCCCCGCGGCCCCGGCGGGGUCAGGAGCGGGGGACGCGACCCCCGAGGCAGCGGAAAGAGGGGCCCCGGACCCCCAGAGCGAGUGGGGUCGGAGCCUGAACGGAGUGAGGGGUCGGGCGGAGGACGAGGAGAACGAGACGGGCUCGCCGGCAACCCCCGAGGAGGAGGAGGAGGAGCAGGAGGAUGAGAAGCAGGAGCACGACAUCUCCCUCUUCGUCAAGGCUGGCAGUGAUGGGGAAAGCAUUGGAAACUGCCCCUUCUCGCAGCGUCUCUUCAUGAUCCUGUGGCUCAAAGGGGUCAUAUUCAACGUCACCACCGUGGAUUUGAAAAGAAAACCUGCAGACCUGCAGAACCUGGCCCCGGGCACCAACCCCCCCUUCAUGACCUUCGACGGCGAAGUGAAAACCGACGUCAACAAGAUCGAGGAAUUCUUGGAAGAGAAGCUGGUGCCGCCCCGGUAUCCCAAACUUGCCCCCAAGCACCCCGAGUCCAACUCUGCGGGAAAUGACGUGUUUGCCAAGUUCUCUGCGUUUAUAAAGAACCCCAGAAAAGAUGCAAAUGAAAAUUUGGAAAAGUCUCUGCUGAAAGCCCUGAGGAAGCUGGACAACUAUUUAAACAGCCCCCUGCCUGAUGAAAUCGAUGCUUACAGCACGGAGGAGAUCACCGUUUCCAGCCGGAAAUUCCUGGAUGGAGAUGAGCUCACUUUAGCCGAUUGCAACCUCCUACCAAAGCUCCACAUAAUCAAGGUCGUGGCGAAAAAAUACCGAAAUUUCGAUUUCCCCCCUGAGAUGACAGGGAUUUCCAGAUACUUGAACAAUGCAUAUGCAAGAGAUGAAUUCACAAACACUUGCCCUGCUGAUCAAGAGAUCGAAUAUGCCUAUUUGGAUGUGGCCAAGAGAAUGAAGUAACCAGAAGAUGCCUCUGUUCCUUGCUCCUGAGAGGGGAAAGCAAAAGCCAGCAGAUGUUCUGCGGGGUGAUUUUAAGUUCUGCUAUGGGCCAAUCCUUUUAUAAUGAUUGUAUUGCAUUGUUUGCUCCUUCUUCAGUUCUCUGUGUGUACGUUGGUGUGUCUUGCACACCCGAGUGUCUCUUGUCCGUUCCAAGGUAAAGGCAUCCAUCAAUAUUAAAGAUCUGCUGAAUUUUGGGAAGCAGUGUAGGUCACACAAACCCACAGGCCAAACGGCUGAAUUUGGGGCAGGAACAGCCCUGUUUGGGCCCCACCUUUCACCUGGGGGUGUUGCUGCCCCUGCUCUCUGUCCCGCAGUUGUUGCCACGCUCCACAGUUAAGGAAAGGUUUCUUUGCUCCAGCAGCACCUGACUAAGCCGGGAGAGAGCAGUGGGAGCACACCUGGUGUCCCCAAAGUUUGUCCUCUGUGCCAGAGACCUGCAGGGCAGGUCGACCAAGAACAACCCCUUUUCACCUGGCACGGCUCCUUUCCUUUGGCAUGGAAAAUAAAUAAAGAAGGAUUCCUGCCUUCUCCUCUCUCAGGGCUGCAUAACCCAUCAAACUUCCCCCCUGGUGCUCCCAAAGACAGGAAUUCUGGCCUGGGGACUAUCUGCUCUUGGAUAUUUGAUGAGGGAGGAGGAGGGAGAGACUUGGUUGUCACUACAG